AAGGAAGGAAAGCAAACAGAGAGCACGAACCAAAGAGCGGCGACCUCCGGACCCCGGCACCACCGCCACUGCGGCCCAAAGGUCGCCCGGCGGACCUUGGCCACCGGCCGCGGUGCGCUGCUGGCCAUGGCGGUGCUGCCGGCCCUGGUGGCCCUGCUGGCCGUGCUGCUGGUGCUGGUUCCGCUGGCCGCAGCCCGCUGGGUGCCAUUCCUGCGCGAGGACCUGGCGUUCUUCGCCACCAUGGCGCGGUCAUCGCUGCGCUGCCGCCGGCGCCUGGCCGGCCGGCCGGCCACCACCCUGCUGGACGUGUUCCGGCAGCACGCCCGGCUCCGGCCGCGCCGGCCGCUGCUGCUCUUCCAGGACGAGGUCUACACCUUCGAGGACGUCGAGCGCCGCAGCAACCGCGCCGCGUGGGCGCUGUGGCGGCGGCUGGGCCUGCGCGGCGGCCGCACCGUGGCCGUGUUCCUGCCCAACGAGCCGGCCUACCUGUGGACGUGGCUGGCCUUGGCCAAGCUGGGCUGCCCCAUGGCUUGUCUCAACUGCAACGUCAGGGGCCGGGCGCUGCGGCACGCGCUGGAGGCGGCCGAGGCCACCGUGCUGCUGGCCAGCCCUGAGCUCCGCGAGGCCGUGGAGGAGGUUCUGCCCGAGCUGCGGCGCGCCGGCGUGGCCGUGUUCUACAUGAGCGCGGCGUCGCCCACGCCGGGCGUGGAGGCGCUGCUGCCCGCCAUCGAGGCGGCGCCCGAGGAGCCGCCGCCCGCCGAGCACCGCGCCGGCGUCACCGCCAGCUCCAGGGCCAUGUACAUCUACACCUCGGGCACCACCGGAGCCACCUGUGUCCUGCGGUCCAAGUUCUCGGCCUCUCAGUUCUGGCCCGACUGCCGCCGCUACAACGUCUCCGUCAUCCAGUACGUGGGCGAGCUCAUGCGCUACCUGUGCAACACGCCCCAGCGCGCCGAUGACCGGGAGCACGGCGUGCGCAUGGCCCUGGGCAACGGCCUGAGGGCCGAGGUGUGGAAGGAGUUCCUGCGGCGCUUCGGGCCCGUGGCCGUCUGGGAGUUCUACGGAGCCACCGAGGGCAACGCCGGCUUCAUCAACUACACCGGCAAGGUCGGCGCCGUGGGCAGGGCCAACCGGUUCAUCAAGCUCUUCGCGCCCUUCGAGCUCAUCAGGUACAACGUGGAGCAGGACGAGCCCGUGCGCGACGAGCGCGGGCUCUGCAUCCCCACCAAACCCGGUGAGACGGGGCUGCUGGUGAUGAAGAUCACCAAGAACACCCCGUUCCACGGCUACGCCGGCGACUCGCAGAAGACCGAGAAGAAGAUCCUCAGGGACGUCUUGGCCAAAGGCGACGCCUUCUUCAACAGCGGCGACCUCCUCAUGAUGGACAGCCAGAGGUUCAUCUACUUCCAGGACCGCGUCGGGGACACCUUCCGGUGGAAAGGGGAGAACGUGGCCACGACGGAGGUGGAGGCCACGCUGGGCUUGGUGAGCUUCAUCCAGGAGGUCAACGUCUACGGCGUGGCCGUGCCGGGGUGCGAGGGCCGCUGUGGCAUGGCCGCCGUGCGCCUCAAGGACGGGGCCACCUUCGACGGUGACAAACUCUACGCCUUCACGCAGGACACGCUGCCCGCCUACGCCGCCCCCCGCUUCAUCCGCAUCCAGGAGGCGCUGGAGAUCACGGGCACCUUCAAGCAGUGCAAGAGCAACCUGGUCAAGGAGGGCUUCGACCCCGGCCUCGUGCGCGACCGCCUCUUCCUGCGCGACGCCGCGCGCCGCUCCUACGUGCCGCUGAGCGCCGCCGCCUUCCAGGACAUCCAGCGCGGCAGGAUCGCGCUCUAGCGCCCGCGGUAAUUAGCACAGGCUAAUUAAUGGCUAAUCAGGAACUUUGGGGAGUAAGGACUUGGACUUGGUGGAAAUUAAAUCCGUAAUUCCCA